CCUUCCCUUCGCGGUCGCACCCUGCUCUCCGCCGUCGCGCAACAGCUCCAAUCCAAUCUGCCCGUUUGCCACAGUAACCCCGACCCGACCAACCCGUAUUUGCAGCGAGGUUCCCUCCCGUUUUUUCUCGCACUCCAAGAAACUGUUGUUUUGCCAGCCUUUCAGCGGCACACCCGAGUGACCCCCCUGACCUGUCCGGCCGCGAAGCAACCUUUUCCCCAUGGGAAUGGCAGCCAUGACGGGGCCCAUGCGGGGGGCAUGGCGGGGGAGGAGGGGAGCCAUGCGGGAGCCAUACCGAUCGCCGCAGCUUCUUGUUGCCCCUCCAUUUCAGCCUGCCUCGGCCGCCAACGGUGCCCAUUUUUGCCAGCAGUGCCCAUUCGUAGAUGUAACGCCCCGUGCGCUAGACCCUUCCACUUGGCAGAAGGGGGGUGAAGCAGAGCCUCGCAGUGACGACGGCUGGGAUAGCCCGUGGUGAACAUCCACGGAGAGGCGCGAGAUGCGCGAGAGGCAUGAGAGUGGUCAACGACGGUCACGCGACGCCCCGCGACCCAUGAACGCAUGGCGCGCGCGGGGCGUGAUUCGUUGUGGACCGUUGUGUAUCGUUGUUUCGUUGUGUGUGGAGGUGCGCGCGUGGAGUGCAUGCUCUCGCCCACAGUGAUCAGUCACCAGCUCAGGCCGACUCAGACCCGCAGCAAGCACCAGUCCAAGUCACGGCUUUGCUGCCUCAGCUAUGCUCCGCUUAGCUCCCCUUAGCUCGGCGUAGCUCCGCUCAGCUCUGCUUAGCUCGGCCCACCUCGGCUUAGCCGCGCGUAGCUCAGCAGGAGCGAGCAGGCCUAUACUGCUGGCAGUAGUACGGCGCCGCUCAGAGGCCGCGCGCAGGCGAAGAAACACACGGCACGGGGCGUCCGUUCUUGGAAGGAAAUGUCGCCGCGCUGCCGCAGGCGGCGACCCUCGGGAGCGGCAACCGCGUGCCGUUGUUCUUGUUCUUGCCGUGGCAAAACCCCCCACAGGCGCGGCGCUCAUAUCACAGUAGUGAAGGCCGCGGCUGUGGGUGGGGGUUGACUUGUUUGACGAGAGAAGUCAACGGUAGUACCACGGUUGCCAUCUUUGAAGAAGCAGCAAGAUGGCAUUGGUACCACUAAGGCCCGUAUAUAGAGGAGAGCAGCAAGCCCGGGGUCGUACCGCGAUUGUACUAGUGACUGACGUCUGCGUUGCAAGAGCAGAGCACCCACCCAUCGCCCGGCCAUCGCUCGGUGUAAAGAACUGCCGCCUGUGAUACUCGAGAGAGAGUUGAGUCGAAUCGUGCAUGCCCUAGCGCGCUCAUCUCUCUUCACAAUCUCUAUUCUCCACCUAGUAGUUGUACAUUAGUACGUGGUGACUUCUUGGAGCCGAUAAAGGAGAUGGAACAGUGGAGGAGGCUGCUGGUUACGCUGGCUGUCGUCGCCUUGCUUGGGUUACAUGACCGAUUCGUUCGCCUGGCGGGCUCCGUCUUGAUUUUUGAGGAGUCUCAAGGGACAGCGUUGGACGCGGCACGGAAGGAGUGGGGGCUGACAUAUGAGGACUGGAGGGUUGGGGGCGACUGCGACAGGGCACCUGCUGUGUCAUGCGAUGAGGACGGUUAUGUCGUCUCCAUGUACAUGGGAGGAACGUUAACUGGCGGAAUUCCCCCAGAGCUCGGUGCUCUCACUCGCCUCCGCCUGCUGGACAUCAGCAACAGCCAGCUGAGUGGAACCAUUCCGGAUGCCAUGAGCGCCCUUGCCAGACUCGCCUACCUGCGCAUGGACUACAACUCUCUGUCUGGCGCCAUCCCCCCAGCGCUGUGCGAGCUCGUUCUCCUCGAGUACAUGUCUCUAUUCCACAACAUGCUGGAGGGCACCAUCCCCGCCGCCAUCACCAAUCUGGCUCGCCUGCGACUUCUGGACCUGGGCAGCAACAAGCUCACAGGCCUGCUUCCCAGCGACAUCAGCAACCUGGAAGCGCUGCAGACACUGAGGAUGCCAGGCAAUGCACUGGACGGAUCGCUCCCUUCUGCCAUAGGCAACCUGCCCUACCUCUACCGCCUCGAUUUGAGUGGCAACAAGCUGAGCGGAGAGCUCCCUUCAACCCUGGGUGGGCUGGCGCAGCUAGAAUACCUCUUGCUGCAUUACAACGAGUUCACAGGAGCCAUUCCAGACUCCAUACAGGACCUCUAUCCCCUCCGCUACCUCGAGUUGAGCCACAACAAGCUCUCCUCUUCGCUGCCCACAUCCCUUGGCCUGCUCUCCUACCUUUCCUACAUGUAUCUUGGCAACAACCAGCUGUCGGGGCCGUUGCCCUCCACUAUUGGCGGCCUGAGCAACCUGCGAGUCAUGCACAUGCCAGAGAAUCAGCUCACAGGGCCGCUUCCAAGCACCAUUGGCCAGCUCACUUCGCUGUCAUGGAUCCAUCUGAGUCACAACCUGAUAGACGGGGCCAUUCCCAGCACCAUCAGCACCCUCACCGACCUGUGCCGCGUCAUUCUGAACAACAAUGCGCUGAACCAGCCAGUGCCCGACGUGUUCAAGUGGCUCACCAGCAUCGACACCCUGAGGCUGGAGGAGAAUCAGCUAACGGGUUCCAUCCCACCCAGCAUCGGCAAGAUCGAGAGUCUCACCUCCCUCAAUCUGAGCUCCAACAACCUCGUAGGAACCAUCCCGUCCACUCUAGGGACGCUCUCCUAUCUCGAAUACCUGGACCUGCGACUGAACCAGCUGACAGGAACGGUGCCGGCAACGCUGGGCAGCAUCACCGAACUUCAGCUGCUCGAUGUGGACAGUGGCGAGGUGACAUGUGCAGUGAGUGGCAGCUGUGAGGUGGAGCAGAUCUCUUGGUCCGCCUUCUGCCACCUCUGCCCCGACUUCUGCUCCUCCUGCACGCCGCCGCCGCCACCUUCUCCCAGCAAGCCCAAAAAGCCCCCGUGCAAGCCCAAGCGGGCAGCCUGUCCGCGCAAGGCGUGUCCCAAGGGCAAGUGGUGCAUCCCCUUCGUGCGCAGCUGCAAGGGCUACAAGUGCAUUUGACCAUGCAUGCGUGCUGUUCAGCACUCUAGGUGGUGUGCGCGUGCAUGACGGGUCAUGAAGUAUGGUAGGGAUGUGCUUUAGUCUGGGCAGGCUGCACGUACCUGAGCCCAGCCACUUAGGUGGGUUUGUUUUGCUGUCGGUUUGUUUUGCUGUAGUUUUGUACAGGCUUGCAGUGCGCCCUUAGUGGGGAUGUGUUGGGUUGAGCUAGUGUGUGGUGUGGUGGUGGGAUGCGCAUGUGAGCUGAGCCUUCUAUGCAGCGUAUGUAGUCUGCACAGCGCUUUUGUUUCCAGUAGGUCGCAUUUUGGCUUGAAGGCUUACCUUGGGCAGUGUACAUAUUUGCUGCUUGUAUGACAUGGGUAACGUACAUGUUUUGGGAGCUACCGAAGUAGUCAAACGAGCAGUAUGCCAUUUUGCAGCAUGACGGCUGGAUGGUAAUGUCGCGCGUGUGCUGUGCCCUCAACCCGUCCAGCUAGUUUUAGGUUUUUUUUUUAGGAAU